GGAAGCUCUCGUGCAGUAGACCCCGGGUGACGGGACCGGGUGCAGCUAACUGGACCGAGGGCCAGCGUCCGCCGACAUGGCCUGGACCAAGUACCAGCUGUUCCUGGCCGGGCUCAUGCUCGUUACCGGCUCCAUCAACACGCUCUCGGCAAAAUGGGCGGACAAUUUCAUGGCUGAGGGCUGCAGAGGGAGCAAGGAGCACAGCUUCCAGCAUCCCUUCCUCCAGGCAGUAGGCAUGUUCCUGGGAGAAUUGUCCUGCCUGGCUGCCUUCUACCUCCUCCGGUGCAGAGCCACAGGGCAAUCAGACUCCAGCAUAGACCCCCAGCAGCCCUUCAACCCUCUUCUUUUCCUGCCCCCAGCGCUCUGUGACAUGACAGGGACCAGCCUCAUGUAUGUGGCUCUGAACAUGACCAGUGCCUCCAGCUUCCAGAUGCUGCGGGGUGCAGUGAUCAUAUUCACUGGCCUGUUCUCGGUGGCCUUCCUGGGCCGGAGGCUGGUGCUGAGCCAGUGGCUGGGCAUCCUAGCCACCAUUGCGGGGCUGGUGGUCGUGGGCCUGGCUGACCUCCUGAGCAAGCACGACAGUCAGCACAAGCUCAGCGAAGUGAUCACAGGGGACCUGUUGAUCAUCAUGGCGCAGAUCAUCGUCGCCAUCCAGAUGGUGCUAGAGGAGAAGUUCGUUUACAAACACAAUGUGCACCCACUGCGGGCAGUUGGCACUGAGGGCCUCUUUGGCUUUGUGAUCCUCUCCCUGCUGCUGGUGCCCAUGUACUACAUCCCCGCCGGCUCCUUCAGCGGAAACCCUCGUGGGACGCUGGAGGAUGCAUUGGACGCCUUCUGCCAAGUGGGCCGGCAGCCACUCAUUGCUGUGGCACUGCUGGGUAACAUCAGUAGCAUUGCCUUCUUCAACUUCGCAGGCAUCAGCGUCACCAAGGAACUGAGCGCCACCACCCGCAUGGUGCUGGACAGCUUGCGCACCGUUGUCAUCUGGGCACUGAGCCUGGCACUGGGCUGGGAGGCCUUCCACGCACUGCAGAUCCUUGGCUUCCUCAUACUCCUUAUAGGGACUGCCCUCUACAACGGGCUGCACCGCCCGCUGCUGGGCCGCCUGUCCCGGGGCCGGCCCCCGGCAGAGGAGAGCGAGCAGGAGAGACUGCUGGGUGGCACCCGGACUCCCAUCAAUGAUGCCAGCUGAGGUUCCUUGGAGGCUUCUACUGAGACUGAGGCCACACAGGCUUGUGGGCCCCGAGUGCCCUGUCCCCAAGGCCUCACCCUGUCCCCUCCCUACAGAACCCCCAGGGCAGCUGCUGCCACAGAAGAUAACAACACCAAGUCCUCUUUUUCUCACUACCACCUGCAGGGUGGUGUUACCCAGCCCCCACAAGCCUGAGUGCAGUGACAGACCCCAGCUCUCUGGACCCCUCCUACAGCACCAGAGCUAAAUCAUGAAGUUGAAUUGUAGGAAUUUACCACCCUAGUGUAUCUGAAUCAUAAACUAGAUUAUCAUA